AUGUUUCAGAAAGGAAUAACACCAGAUGUUGUAACCUUUAACACCCUUAUUGAUGGCUCGUGUAAAGCCAAUAGACUUACACUUGCACGCCAGUUGUUCAUUGAUAUGCAAGCUCACGGAGUUACUCCUGAUGUUGUCUCAUAUAGUUCAUUGCUUGAUGGCCUAUGUAAAUGUAAACGGCUUGAUGAGGCAGUGGCAUUACUUGAAGAUAUGGAGGAUAAAGGUAUUAAGCCUGAUACUGUCACGUACAGUAUCCUUAUGGACAGCUUGUGUGAGGCUGGGCAACUUGAAGAUGCAGCAAAAUUCUUCUCUGAUCUUGUGUCAAAGGGUCUGCAGCCUAGCUCUAAAACAUACAAUAUAUUUGUUAAAGGCUACUGCAAGAAAGGGCUCAUGACUGAAGCUGCUCGAUUAUUGAGGAUAAUGGAGGACAACGGUUGUUUCCCUGAUGGUAUCACCUAUAAUACAAUCAUCAGAGGAUAUAUUCUCAAUAAUGAUGCAAAAGCAUUAUACUAUCGUGAUCUUAUGGUAGGUAAAGAGUUUGAAGCUGAUGCAGACACUUUCGCAUUAUUUGUUGACCUCUUGUCUUCUGAUAACAUAAGUGACUCGCCCAAGGGCCUGCUUCAGAAUAAAUUAACUGCUGAUGCUAGGGUGUCUAGUCUUUUCCAUGAUUUUCCAAUUGAAACUUAUAUGAUGAAGCUGAAUGAAGAUCAAUCGUUGCAAUUGCUUUCUGUCUUUUGGAUACUAGCCAAUCUUUCAGAUAAUUUAUCAUCAAACUUUGAACAAUAG